AUGAGGCUGUCUGCCCACGAUUCUGCCUGGAACCUUCAAGGGGCUGUCCCAUGUAAAGAGACUAUAUUUUCUGUGUGUCACAGUGUUACAAUUCCUCACUUCUAUCUAACACAUUCAGUGACCUGAUUAAUCUUGAGGAAUUGUCCAUUGUGAACUACAGGCUUUCUGUGAUGGUACUGGAUGCAUUGGGAGGGAUCCCUCUUCUGAAGAAACUCACAGUCAACACCUGUACACAGGAGCGCUCUGAUUUGCUAUGUAGGAUAGUCAAUAUGUCAAAGUCAUUGACGACCCUAGACUUUAAUUCAGAUGGGACAGUCAUUUUGAGACACCAACAGAGCUGUUCUUGA